UGCGGCACAGGCUGUAAACGACACCAGGCCGUUAAUUAAUUAAAGGCCAUUCGGGAGCAGGCUGGCUGCGGCACUCCGGGAUCUCGUCUGUGAGGAAGAACAGAAAGAGCAGGAGGUGGAGGAGAGGACGAGUGAAAAAAAGGAGAAGAAAAGAAGAAAAGAGAAUAAAGGAGAGGAGGACGUGAGGCACUAUCACCCUGACGGACUAUCCAUCAACCUGCUGCUGCAGAGGAGAGAGAGACAGAGGGAGAGAGGGAGAGAAUGGCGAUGGACUGGCCUACUCAUCCUCCCCCGGCGCUGGUUCCAGCUGUGGUCAGUGCUGGAGCGGUUCUGGUUUCUCAUUACGUCUUCAACGCUGCUGCCCAAGUCCCUGAUCCAGCGCUCUUGCCCACAGACCCCCCCCCGAAGCCGGACCCCAUCACCUCAGAGACGGUUGUGUUCUGGGGGCUUCGUCUCUGGCAGGUUGUGGGGAUUUUCUCCAUGUUUGUCCUCGUCAUCAUCAUCACACUGUGCUGCAUCUUCAAAUGUCGAGUUCCUCGAACCAAGAAGGAGAUCGAGGCUCGUCACGCCCAGAGACAAGCGGCUAAGAGCUACGCUAACACUCUGGAGACAGUUCCACCUCUCAAUGAGCUCACUGAGAUACCAGGAGUGAUUGGUACUGUCUCUGAGCAUGUACAGAUACGUGACGCUAAUCAACUUCCUGCUCUGAAUGAGGAAGAGGAACCGACCAAUCAGAGUGCUCAGGACGAGACAGGCUAAAACUCUACAUCUGUGUCUCUGCUUGUCUGUCUGUCUCUGUCUGUCUGUCUCUUUAUCUGUCUCAUCCUCCAGUGCUUAAUAAACUUGCCCGUCUCUCUGAUUCUCUUCGUCUGUUCUUGUCUUUUCUCUGUCUGUUUCACGCUGACACACCCAUCUUACCCCGAGCCUUUCAGCACAUCACACACCAAUGACCAGUUUACUCUCCAUACACAGAGCUGUGCAUAAGUAUUUGCCCCCAAACUGUUCCUGAGUUGCACCUGAACUGGACUUCAGCACCACAAAACUUUCAGCUUCGAGUUUUUUAGUCUUAGGGUGAUUAAAUGAAACUAAAUUAGGGGGAAAACUGUAUAAAAUACUGUAGGAUCCAGCGAGUGUUUGAUUGGACAGAGAUCAGACAGACAGGUGCUGCGUCAUCAGAUCUACAGAUAAAUAGCUCUUAUUUCUUCUGUAUCUUUCCCAAAAACUUUUAAAAGAUCUAUUUUGAUGGGUUUAUUUGAUAACUGGUGUUCAGAUGCCCAGUGGAUGUGUGGGUAAUUACAGAAUACAGAGUCUGACAGCAUGCUGGAGCUUUUUCACACAAAACACUUCAGAGACUCGUUCAUUUGUCAGAGCUCCUGAUCUCCAUCUUCACUUAACAUCACCUCAUCUGUCAGAGCUCCUGAUCUCCAUCUUCACUUAACAUCACCUCAUCUGUCAGAGCUCCUGAUCUCCAUCUUCACUUAACAUCACCUCAUCUGUCAGAGCUCCUGAUCUCCAUCUUUACUUAACAUCACCUCAUCUGUAAUGGGCUUUUAAAACUUAAACCUGUCUCUGUCUCUCUCUCUCUCUCUCUCUCUCUCUCUCUCUGUCUCUCUGUCCCUCUCUCUCUGUCCCUCUCUCUCUCUCUCUCCCCUUCUCUCUCUCUCUCUCUCUCUCUGUGAUUUGAUUAUAAAACCAUCAUCAUCAUCAUCAUCAUCAUCAUCAUUAUUAUUAUUAUUAUUAGUAGUAGUAGUACAAAUAUACUACCCCCCCCACACACACACACUUUUUUGCCCCUAGAGAGAUAGAAAAUACAUAAAAGAAAGAUUUGUUUUAUGAACGGAAAUGACAUGAUGCUAUUUUUCGAGGAUUCUUUAUAAAUUCCUACUUCACAGCAUGUUUAUGAUCAUUACAGUGUUCUGUUCUAUCAUAUUUCCUUCUGGGUAAAGUUUAGAGAUUUCAGAGGUGUGUGAGGAUGAAGCUUCAUAAUGAACACUCUCCCAUCUCAUUACAUUAUUACACUUUAUUUCAUCAGUCACUCACAGAGGAAGCCGCUGAGAGGAAGAACCUCAGAGCAAGAACUCAACUUCUCACAUAGUGACUCACACACACACACACAGUCUCACACACACUCUCUCUCUCUCUCACACACACACACACACACAGACAGUCUAACACACAGUCUCACACACACACACACACACACACACACACAGUCUC